AUGACUAAUUUAUGGGAUCAAUUGGCUCUUAUGGAAUCGACUGAAUUGAAAGUUGUCAAAGCGUACACCAAUCAAAGAGAAGAGCAGCGGUUGGUUCAAUUUCUGAUGGCACUUAGGGAUGAUUUUGAGGGCCUUCGUGGGGAUAAAGGAGUUCUCUCCACUCCUCAAUCUGUUUUUGUUGCUCCAUCUUACAAAGGAAAACCUCAAGGUAGGGUUGGGCUUGGUAUUGAUGAAUGUGUUUUUUGUAAGGAGAAAGGUCAUUGGAAAACACAAUGUCCCAAGUUGAAAGCAUGUAAGAAAAACUUUAAGAGACCAUCAUCCAAUGUUGUUGUUGCUGCUUCUACUACCAUUGGCUCUGGUUCUGAUCAUGCAUAUACAUCUGAGACCACUUCUCAAAUAUCUGAUAUUGCAGAGCAGCUCCAAAAUCUUCUUGUUACUAAGCCACAUACCAUGUAUGCUUCCUCAAUUAAAGGUUUGAAUUCUUCUUAUUUGUCAGGAUCCUCAUUUCGGGAGGCUGAUUGGGACAGGUCGUAG